AUGGAGCUGUCACGCCAAGAGUAUCCAGCGUUAUUGCGCUCGCUUUCGCCAAAUCAAGCAGUGUCUCUCUUGGAUGAGCGGGUCAAAUUGAUUGGGAAAGUCAACACAGAUAUUGCUGACUGGCUUGCCGAGCGACGGCGCGUUGAAGAGACCUAUGUGCAAGGUUUAAGAAAAUUGGCAAGUAGACGUCCACAUGAUGCUGCUGCCGAGCUCGGUGUCUUCCGGACGCCAUGGCAGAGCAUUGUCAGCUCGAUGCAGUCUCUCGCGGAAUCACAUAAUAUUCUCGCUGCGAAGAUGGAAUCAGACGUGGAGCGCCCGUUGAAAGAUUUUCAGUCCAAAAACAGAGAAAUGCAGGGCAUCAGCACAAUACAAGGCAAUUUGGCAGCCGUGGCCAAGGACCUCGAUGGGGCACAGAAGAGAGCGCAGAAGCUCGCAGGGGGCAAAUCAAACGCCAACAAAGUUGCCAAUGCCACCUCCGAUGUUGAUGCCGCGAAUCAAUCAUGGGAAUCUCAGGCACCCUACGUUUUUGAGCAGCUACAGGCUUUGGAUGAGAGCAGGGUCAACCAUCUACGUGACGUUCUCACUCAAUUUGAGACACAUGAGGUUGAUCUGGUCGAAAGAAAUCGCAUUACUGCAGAGAGCUGCCUGAACGCCUUGUUGAAUGUGAAUACCGCCGACGAGAUUUCGACUUUCGUUGCGCAGAACGCUGGGGGCGAUCAGAAUGUAACACGAAGACUUGCAAGCCGAAGCGCAACAACUGGUAGCUCAAUAGCGGAUCCGCCCCCAGCAUCAAUUCCAGCCGCUACUUCUCCUCCAACUCUUACGCCGUCUCGAGAGCGAGUUCGUCAGGAUGACGAGAGGCCAAGUCCCUUCUCGACGGCUUCCAGAGCCGGUACUGCUCCGAACCCGCCACCGAAGAGCAGCUUCGGCGGUCUAAGGCGCUUGGGCACUGUCUUGGGUGGCCGUUCGAACAAAGGCGCAAAGGGCAUGGACCGGGGCCCUUCCCCCGAGAAGAGAUCACGACCGAUAAGAAAUCCGUUGCGCAGGGGACCAAGCUCGCAUCAAAACAUGGAAACGAUACCUUCUCCGCCUUCAUCAUCGUCAAACCUACCACAGUUCUCUCCUCGGCACGAAGCGCCAUUGAUACAAACCGCUUCGUCACAGUCUACAGAGAGACCUCGGUCACAAGAGCGGCGGCUCUUAAAUGACCAAGUCAAUGGCAAUACGAUUCAGCCAGCGCCUGCCAGAGUGUCUAGUCUGCCCGGCAUGACGAAUGGAGUAUCAAGCUCAGCAAAUCGUGACCUAGCUACAGUGCAGGAAACCCAGGCUGCCCCUCCGCCAGGUCCACCACCAGGCAAAAUGGCUGAGCGUGAUUCCGAAGGCUACAGCGUUCCAUCAUCAACUGUAGAUGAUAUUACUCGUGCUCAACAAGAAGCAGCAGCAGCUGGUGAAACCGGACAAUCCCAGUUCAAGCUAGACAUACGACCCGAACCUAUUAAAGAAGAUCCAGACGCACAAUCUGCUUUUUCAAGCGUUGCGAAUACUUUACGGGCACAAGCAUCUCAAGUCGCCACCCCUAGAAAGCCUGGCACAGUACGAGGGCGCCGAGAUGUCAGAAACACAGUGUUCGUACCUUCCGGGCAGUCACUCGAGAGUGCCGGCCUUGGUGGCCCCCAAGUGCCAUCCGCGCCACUCUUUAGUUUAGGAGGUGUACCACCCUUACCUCCUGACGCUCAAAGAGGGUCCGAUGCGCAGUCUAUCCGAUCUGCACAUUCCAUGAGCAGUCUGGCAUCUACAGCUGUUACGCAUCCUCAAAUGCGUCAACCAGGACUCAACGCAUCGAUUGCCGAGACCGUGAGUGCGACUUUCGAGAAGAGCGAACUCGUCAAGGCAGUCGUCAUUGGAGAGCUCGCCUUGCAACACAAUCCCAGUGAAACAACGUCUUCAUCUGGAUCGGAGAAUAUAAGACUGGAGAACUUUCCUGUUCUGGAGAAGGUAGCACCAAACCCUAGUUUCAUCUCCCAAGUCCCAUCCAGAUCCGGCGAAUAUUCGGUGAACGUCUCCCAGGUUUCUCGCCCGUCGGUAGCUUUCAAGUACCAGGUCCAUCUUGAAGACUCGUCUCUGGCUACACACGCGCCUGUCUCGAUCACACCAAGCUGGAAGAUUGAACCAACGCAAGCUUCUGUUAUACUUACCUAUGCAUUUAACCCUGCCUUUUCCUCGCCUGCUAAGAGGAGCGUGUCGCUCAAAAACGUCGUGGUCUUCAUCAACGUGGAGAAUGCCAAGGCACUCAGCUGCCAGUCAAAGCCUCAGGGCAUCUUCUCAAAAGAGAGGUCACUUAUCUAUUGGAAGCUAGGAGACAUGACUCUUGAUGGCUAUGCGGAAGCGCCGCAGAAGCUUCUCGCGCGUUUCAGCACUGAGGGUGAAGCAAAGCCUGGGAACGUCGAGAUGCGAUGGGAGAUCAGUGGUGACGCAGCAGUGGGACUGGGCAGUGGAUUAAGCCUUAGCCAGAUGGGCUCCAAAGAAGAGGGAGGUAGUGAUCCUUUCGCGGACGAAAGUACUUCGUCGAGUGGUGCAGGAACGUGGAAGGAGGUGCCGGUACAUAGGAAGUUGAUGAGUGGGAAGUAUAUGGCUAAUUGA